UCCUCAUAAAGCAACUUAAAAGUUAAAACCUGUAUACAAAUCAAUCAAAUUCUUCACCCCCAACAUGUGAAUAUGAAUAAGGUUCUAAACUCUUCAGCUUAAGCAAAGAAUCAUUGCUUCCUCUAAUAUCCUUUUUCCUUUCACUAAGCAGAUUAAAAUAACAGUAUCUUCUCCGAUACAGUCUUCCUUUAUUCCCGUCAGGAAUCAACAACUCUCAUCUCUGUCAAUAUCAAGAGUUUCAUCCAUGGCUUGCCUCCUCAUGUUCAUUCUGUUAGUUCUAUUUCAGGCAAUAAUCCCAGUAGUUCUCAGCCAUGGCAAUGCUCAAACAUGUAGAUCUUAUUGUGGGAACCUAACAGUUGACUACCCUUUUGCAACUCAAUCAGGUUGUGGCCAUCCAGGCUUCCGGGACCUCUUAUUCUGCAUCAAUGAUGUACUUAUGUUUCACAUCAGCUCAGGAUCAUAUCGCGUUUUAGACAUCGAUUAUGCUUACCAAUCUCUCACAUUACACGAUCCUCACAUGUCAACCUGUGACUCAAUCGUGCUAGGAGGCCGAGGCAACGGCUUUGUAGUCGAGCAGUGGCGAUCCCCCUUCUUAAAUCCUACUACAGAUAAUGUGUUCAUGCUGAUAGAAUGCUCAGCUGAGUCACCAUUGUUUGAAGGUUUUCCAGGGAAGCACUUGCCUUGUGGAAAUGUUUCAGGGAUGGGAUGUGAGGAGUACUAUAACUGUCCUGCCUGGGACAUAAUCGGGCCUAAACGGGUUGGCCCGGUGUAUGGAUCGGGUCCUCCCGAGUGUUGUGCAGUGUCAUUUGAGGCUAUUAAAGCUGUGAAUCUUACAAAACUUGGUUGCCAGGGGUAUAGCAGUGCUUAUAGUCUAGCACCCCUGAGACUUUCAGGGCCUGAUGGUUGGUCUUAUGGGAUCAGGGUGAAGUAUUCUAUACAAGGGAAUGAAGCCUUCUGCAAAGCAUGUGAGGCCACAGGUGGGACUUGUGGAUUUGAUAUUGAUGGCAAUAGUGAUUUGUGCAUGUGCGGAAGCUGGAAUUCCACCUCAAAUUGUGAUUCAGUCCACUCAACAUCCAACAGAAUAAGAUGGACUUUCAUGGAUGCAAUAGCAGGCCUCUUGAUGACUGAGAUUAUUUGGAGAAAUCUCCCCAGCCUUCAUGGUAUAUAUGUUGGCUUGAGUACUAGUUAAGAAUUAAGAGUGUGGGCAGACAUUGUGGUGGACCUAGUGGCUAUCGAGAAGUUGCCUAGAUAUUUUUUGGUUUUUAAAUUUUGUACCUUUAUAAUUUUAAAACUUUCAUUCACACCCCAAAAACAAGUAACAUUUCGCCUUGUGUUGUGUACCAUUCAAAAGGGGCAAAAUAUUUAGGUGACAAUUAUUCAACUAUCAAAAUUAUGAUUCAAUUAUUAAAUUUGAAAACCUUCAACCAAGAAACCGAGAAUUAAAAGAGUUAGUACAA